UAGCUUCUUUAGUUAGGACAGGCGGCUCGCAUUUCAGGAUGUUUGUGGUAUUGUUCUGUGCAAUAGUCCUUUGUGUGGUAGCAUGGGUGUACCUACGAUGGUCUAAAGUGAAACAGUACUGGGCCGAUAAGGGCGUGCCCCAUCACCCACCACACCCGAUAUUCGGAAGCCUUGGAUUUUUACAAAAAAAGAAUUUUAGCAUAUGGCUGAUCGAAACCAUACGACACUUCAAGUCGCCGUACGUAGGAAUAUGGUUAUUCUGGAGACCAGCAAUUAUUAUCAAUUCGCCGGAAAUAGCAAGAAAUAUUCUCGUCAAGGAUUUCGGCAGUUUUAGGAACAGAUUUGUUGCUGCUGGACCUGGAGAUCCAAUCGGGCUUAAUUUACUGACAGCAAAUGAUCCAUUAUGGUCAUCGAUACGGCGUCGUCUUACAACCAUCUUCACGGCGUCCAAAUUACGGGCUUUGCAGAACCUCUUUGACACCAAAACCAGUGAGCUCAUCCAACGUAUAGACAACACUGAAGAUAAAACGAAAAUUAGUGUUCGGAUGUUAUGUACGGAUUACACAACAGAUGUUAUAGGAACAGCUUCCUUUGGCGUAAAAACUAAUGCCACAUUAACAGGAGAAGAUCCAAUCAGAACUGUCACAAAAUCUUUUAUGGACUUUGACCUCCUGAGAGGCAUCAGUUGGAGCGCAAUAUUUUUCUUUCCUGAAGUCGCCGAGCUUUUCAGCUUUAAAAUGUUCCCCAAAAAGUCAACGGAUUUCUUCAAGAGGAUCUACCUCACAGUUUCCAAACAGAGACAGCAGCAAAAUGUACCUGGAAGUGCCCCUAAGGACCUCCUUGAUGCACUUAUUAGCUUAAAAGAAAAUGUUGGAGGACCUAACGAAGAAUUAUCGGACGAUACAAUUGUGGCCCAGGCUGUAGCAUUCCUUUUUGCUGGCUACGAAACUUCCGGUUCCUCCCUUGCAUUUGCACUUUACGAACUAGCAUUUUAUCCAGAAAUACAGGAAAAAUUAUACGCAGAAUUGGUGGAAGCUAAAGCUAAGUGUGCAAACGACAGCUUGGAUAUCAACACUCUUGCUGAUUUGCAAUACCUGAACUGCGUUAUUAAAGAAGCUCUAAGAAAGUAUUCACCAAUGGGUUGGAUGGACAGAGUAGCAUUGGUUGACUACAAAAUUGAUGACAAAUUAUCUAUACCCGCGGGCACACCUUUGUAUGUUAAUGCUAUUGGAAUGCAAUAUUAUGAAGAAUUCUAUCCCGAGCCGGAAAAAUUUGACCCGGAUAGGUUUUUGCCGGAAAAUGAGAAAGAGUCACUUCAGUUCACAUAUCUGCCAUUUGGAGAAGGACCUAGAAACUGUAUUGGAAAAAGAUUCGCCCAAAUAUCCCUGCGGAGUUCUCUUGCAAAGCUGGUUUUGAACUACAAGUUCCGACCCUUACCCGGCCAGCCUAAGCCAUCUGAAAUUGAUGUAGACAAAGUUGGUCUAUUUUUCGUUCCAUCACACCAUCUCUACCUUGACUUCAUACGACGAUAGAUUAAAGGAAGAAACGACAACAACGAGCUCCUCGAUAAUAAUUUUCUCUUAAAUAAACUAUUCAUCACAACAAUCGAAAAGUGUAGUCUCAUGUGUAGUCCAUAAAAACAGAUUUGUUGAUAGUCAAAUAUCAUUCAUUUUAAUAACAUAAUCGUCAGUAUUCUAUCGUAUACUUUAAAAUAAUUACAUAAUGUAUGUAUU